AUGGCAUGUCGAGUGAAAAAAAUUAAAAGUAUUUAUACGCAAAAUAUCACAAAUGGACAAAGCAGUGGACCAAUAUUAAUAGAGAAUUUGAAUUGCACAGGAACAGAAACUCAUAUUAAUGAAUGUACUUACGAUCUUGGAAACUCAUGUACACACACGGAUGACCUGGCUGUAGAAUGUACAGGUUACCAGCUUAUUAUAACAGAUAUACGCCUAGCAGGGACAUCAGGACCAUAUCAUGGGCGUGUUGAAAUUAAAGUGAACGAAACAUGGGGAACGGUUGGGGAUAAUUUCUUUAGAACUCCUGAAGCACAAGUUGUUUGUCGUAUGCUUGGAUUAGAAUAUAGAUCCUACCAUUUGAAUGCGUAUUAUGGGCAAGGCUCUGGACCGGUACUUAUUGACCGCCUGAACUGUGAUCCUUCAGCAUCUCACAUUAAUGAAUGUAGAUACUCAGUAAAUAACUAUUACAAUACACAACAUAAUGACGAUGUUUCCGUUACUUGUUGGGGACCCUCACUAAGCAUAACGGAAGCAAGACUUGUAAAUGGAACUGGUAAACAUGACGGUCGUGUUGAAAUAAAAGUAAAUGGUACUUGGGGGACAAUAUGUGACAGAAAUUUUGACAUCUAUAGUGCUGACUUGAUUUGUAACAUGUUUGGAUUAAGAGCAGUCCAAUAUUUUACUAGAGCAUUGUAUGGAGAAGGUACUGGUCCAAUAUAUAUAGAUGAGUUAUAUUGUGAUGAGAGUGACGAAGAUUUAAGCACCUGUAUGUAUCUAUACUUCAACGAGUGCACACAUGACAGAGACGUGUCUGUUGUCUGUAAUGAAUGUGGCCAACCUGGCAGUAAUAACUAUUGGGACGUUGGCUCUUAUAAUUAUCAGAGAUCAAUUUUGUAUAUUGAUUGUACAUACUACAGGACAUAUGUUGGUAUAUUCCAACUGAGGUGUGAUAAUAAUACACAAACCUGGAUAAAGGAGGGAGAAUGUCAGGAAUAUAGUUUCCCAUUAAAUAUUACCGACGUACGACUGGUUGAUGGAACAAGUAUAACAUCUGGGAGGGUUGAGAUAAAAAGUUUAGACACAUGGGGGACUGUAUGCGGCAACAGUUUCGGAGUGGCAGAAGCAAAUGUUAUAUGUCACAUGAUAGGCUACCCAUACGCAGUUGAAUUCUACAUCUCAGCAUAUCACGGUGAGGGUACAGGUCCAAUAUUUGUUGACGAAUUGAGCUGUGGAGAAAAUGGAACUCAUAUAAACAACUGUACCUAUAUUACAUAUGACGACUGCACGCAUGAAAACGACGUAUCUGUAGUCUGCUUAGAAUGUGAAAACGUAACAAUAACAAAUGGAUUUAUGACGGCUACUGAUUACAAUGCUGUGAUAAAAAUUGAGUGUGACAGUUCCUUUAAACUGAUUGGUGACUCUGUCAUUACUUGUCAGUUAAAUGGCCUCUGGAGUGACAUACCUACAUGCUCACCCAUUGAUUGUGGAUAUCCUGUUGUGCCAUAUGCUGACGUCAUUAUUUCAAAUAACAGAACAACUUUCGGGGAAACUAUCAUCGUAAAUUGUUGGCCCGGAUAUAAGAUCAAUGGAAAUUCAAGUAUAGAUUGCGGUUUAAGUGGACAAUGGGAAAAUAUGUCUACUUGUUCUCCUGUAGAUUGUGGAAACAUAUCAGCCCCAAUUAACGGCAAUGUAAAUGACUUUCAAGGCACACAAUUCAACGCGAUGAUACGUUUCAGUUGCAAUGCAGGAUAUUUGCUUGUUGGUGCCGAAAAUACUAAAUGUGAAGAAAAUGGGACAUGGACAAAUGAAUCUCCUAUAUGUGUUAUUAAAUCUGGAAUAGGUGGCUCAUGUAUAAACCAUGAGUAUUGUUUACUGGAGGGUUCUCAAUGUGUCAACAAUGUGUGUACAUGCAGCACUGGAAUCUAUGAUAAACUUGGCAAUAAAUGUGAUACAAUGCCGCUGAUGCCAUUUGGAGCAGAUGAAGGUGACUAUGUUAUACCUGACUCAUCAACUUGCGGACCAAAAAUAGAAUUUCAGCCUGGAUUUCCAAUUAGAAACAAACUGCAUACAAAACUGUUUGUUUGUCGCUUUGGUUAUAUUAGUUUCGACAAAGUCUUUGAAAACCCAACACCUCCGAAGAGCGCUUUGUCAAUCGACCAAGAUGAAAUGUUACUCGCGCCAUUUUACGGGCCAAUAGACAAACGGAAAUCGGGACCAGUUACCUAUAAAACAUACGACAUUUUAAAUUCAUACAAUGAGAUGAAAGAAAAAAAGGAACUAAUUUCAACAAUUGAAAUGUUUGUCAAAAGAUUUGGAAACCUGGAUUGGUUUCAUGCCAGCUUUAUUUUGAUAGCAACCUGGAACAAAACCGUUACAAUAAUACCGGGAUUCGACAGUACAAAGACAUCAACAUUUCAAAUUAUCUUAGUUUCGGACGGAAAGUUUACAUUCUCUUUUUUUAUCUACGGAAACGGUAUGAUGAAUUGGAAAUAUAAUCUAUCAAUGGCUCCACCUGUUUGGAUUGGCAGUUCGUUACAAUCUCUGACAUACACACAGCCGUAUGCGUUCACAAACAAGGCAUUGCAGUUAGACAUAAUGUCGUCUGUAACUGUUGAGGAUACAGAGGUUUCAGGAUUAGUGUUCAGAGAAUUAAAUACAGCAGAUACAGCAUAUAUAAACUCUGGUGUUGAUUGCAUCAGGUGGUAUAACGAGAACUAUGAAGAUAAGAAACAUAUUAAUUAUAUGGCAAACCUAAUGCCUGAAUGUCCAUGUGACAUAACAUUAUCUCGAUAUGAUCCAUGGUUUUGGAGAAUAGGUCUUUACAGAUGGCGCUACGAUUUGACUCAUAAAUGUGUUGAUAUGCUUCUUAUUGGAAAUGAUUGGCAACAUGGAAAGACUUGUUGUUAUGACAUAAGAUCUGGGCUCCUGAUAAAUGAACGGCCACUUGCAGGCAGUUUUCAGCUGUACAAUCGAAAUUAUCCAAAUGAACACUUUAAAAAUGAUAUUGAGCCGAAAGAAAAAUGUUGUGCUUCGUCGAAAUAUUGCAGCCUUUACUAUGAAUUAAGACCAACCGGAAGUUGUUACAGAAAAUCGCCGUACAGUUUUGGGUCUUUUUGGGGAGUCUCUCACUUUAGUACCCUCGAUGGAUUGAAUUAUACAUUCAAUGGUCUUGGAGAAUAUACACUUCUUAGAAUAAGGACUGGAAAUUGUUCAUUUGAUCUUCAAGCUAGAAAAGAAAGGGCUGUGAAAUCUAACGACAACUUUUCUCAUGCUAGUAUGUUUACAGCGUUUGCCGCAAAAGACAAAAGCUCGUCCGUGCAUGUUGAGCGUAAUCGAGAACACACUGGUUUGAAUAUAUAUGGAAAUGAUGUAGAUCUUACAAAGCAGUACAACGAUAAUACAGAUGAAAUGGAACCCUUUAUUUGGUCAUCAACUGAUUACCUUUUAACAGUCUCCAAACAUAAUGAAAGUGUAAACGCAUAUUUUUCUUCGUGUGAUAUAUCACUAUCAAUAUCACUUACCACAGAGAUGCUUAUACUUCAAACAUUUGUCCAAAGCAGCUUUAAAAAUCUAACACAAGGACUUCUCGGCAACUACAACGACGAUUCAAGUGAUGAUUUUAUUACGCCAAAUGGAUCGGUCCAUAUGUCAAACCUUACCGAACAAGAAAUAUUCGAAUACGGACAAACAUGGGCGAUAGAUCCUAGUAACUCUGCCUUUAAAUACGAUGCUGGAAAGAACCAUUUUGACUUUCAUAAUGAUUCGUACGUGCCGAGAUUUUUAGAUGACAUAGACGAACACUUAAAGGAAAAGGCAUUAGAAGUAUGUGAUAGCUCAACAAAUAUAGAGUGUAUUUUUGAUUUUGCCUUCACUGAAAAUGCAAAGAUAGCAAAAGAAAAUAACAGGAUCAAAGAAAAAUUGAACGAGGACAAAAUGGAAAUUGGCAAACAUUAUGUUAGCAAUUAUCUAUAUCAAAAUAUGUAUUUAGUAGUUAAUAAUACAGACAAAUUUAAAGUGCAUAGGGUUCUUCAUAAGUAUUUCAUAAAAGUCAAACGGCACAACAUGAAAAUAAUAUAUAAUACUAGAGACGCACGAUAUGACUUUCAAAAUUGAAGAUAUAACUAUACUUUCAUGAAAUUAAACUUGUUGGAUUGCUCUUGAAAUGUAAAGAAGUUGUUCUUUGUAAGUGCCUUAAUGUUUACAA